AUGAUUUUUGGAGGUUUUUAUGGACACCAGGAGACUUCUGGAGAUGGAUUUGGGCAGGAGGAAUCCCCAACCCAAGCCAUUCACACCUUGGUUUUCCUCAAACCAGGAUUUCCCACUCCCAAACUUUGGCUGGAUGGAGGAGGAGGCUGUGAGGAAGAGGAAGAUGCCCUGGGACACCCAGGCAGAGCAGGAGCUGAGGAUGGAGACCAGGGAGGAGAAAUCCCCCCAGCAGAACAUCGUGGAAGAGGCUGUUUUGAGUGGCUCCAUGGCAGAGGAAUCGAAUGGGGAGGAAAAACCCUGGAGAUCCUGCACGAGGAGGGGCUGCAAACCCAGCCCAGGGUGUCUAAGGAGGAAAGUCCCACCCUGUGCCAGGAAGGUGGACAGAGUUUCAGCCAGGGAUCAGAGCUGGUGGUCCCUGAGCAGCUUCAUGACAGGGAGAGGCCCUGUGAGUGCCUGGAGUGUGGGAAGAGCUUCAGGAAGAGUUUUGACCUGAUCUGCCACCAGAGGAUCCACACUGGGGAACGGCCUUACGAGUGUGGGGAAUGUGGGAAAAGCUUCAGCCACAGGUCCGACCUGAUUGUCCACCAGAGGUUCCACACUGGGGAGAGGCCCUGCGAGUGUCCUGAGUGUGGGAAGAGGUUUCACACCAGCUCCCAUCUCCUUGUACAUCAGCGGAUUCACAGACAGGAGAGGCCCUUCCGCUGCCCCGACUGCGGGAUGGGCUUCAAGCACAGCUCCACCCUCGUCACCCACCGGCGCAUCCACACCGGGGAGAGGCCCUACGAGUGUCCCCGGUGUGGGAAGAGCUUCUCAGACCGCUCAUUCUUUACCCGGCACCAGCGGAGGCACCGGUAAGGGAAGCCCUGCGAGAACCCCGCCUGCAGGAAGAGCUUCGUGCGCUGCUCCAGCUCCAUCCCCAUCAGAGGACCCACCCUGGUCAGAGCCCUGGUGACCCACAUGCCCUGUGAUACACAGAGGGAAGUGGCUGCUGUUAUUUUAUUUUGCCUCUUAUUAUCUUUUAUCGUCCUCCCUUCCAAACACAGAAAAUUGGGGUAAAAAUCAACAAAUUCAUCAAAG